GGACCGCUUUCUUUCUCUCGCGCCGCCAUGAAGAGACAAAACGCCAGGACGCUCGCCCUCAUCGUCAGCAUCCUCACCUACCUGGUGGUCGGAGCGGCCGUCUUCGAGACCCUGGAGUCCAAACAGGAGAAGGGUCACAAGAGGAGGCUCGACGCCAGGAAGUACGAGAUCAUGAGCAAAUACAACUUGACCAAAGAGAACUUCGAGGAGCUGGAGCACGUCGUCUUGCAGCUCACGCCGCACAAGGCGGGCGUCCAGUGGAAAUUCGCCGGCUCCUUCUACUUCGCCAUCACCGUGAUAACGACAAUCGGUUACGGUCAUGCGGCGCCCAGCACCGACUCAGGGAAAGUGUUCUGCAUGUUCUAUGCCCUCCUGGGGAUCCCUCUCACCCUGGUCAUGUUCCAGAGCCUGGGCGAGCGGAUCAACACGUUCGUCAGGUACCUGCUGCACCAAGCCAAGAAGUGCCUGGGAAUGCAACAGACCGAGGUCUCCAUGGCAAACAUGGUGACGGUGGGCUUCUUCUCCUGCAUGAGCACUCUGUGUGUGGGGGCCGUGGCGUUUUCCCACUGUGAGGGAUGGAGCUUCCUCCACGCGUUCUACUACUGCUUCAUCACGCUCACCACCAUUGGGUUCGGAGACUAUGUGGCUCUGCAGAAGGACGAUGCGCUGCAGAACGACCCGCGGUAUGUGGCGUUCUGCUUCGUUUACAUCCUGACGGGCCUGACGGUUAUCGGAGCGUUCCUGAACCUGGUGGUGCUUCGCUUCCUGACCAUGAACACCGAGGACGAGCGGAGGGACGCCAAACAGAAGGCCUUGAUGUCCGUCAGUAAGUCCAGAGGCGAGGUGGCUCAUCUAAUACCCGUCUCGGCCUCUACGUCCUCCACGCCUGUAGCAGAGGACACUACGAAGGCUAAAGAUUUCAAAGGUGUCUACACCGAGGUGCUUCAUUUCCAGACUAUCUGCUCCUGCUUGUGGUACAGGAGCAGGGAGAAGCUGCAGGGCUCCAUACCCACGGGGAUCCCUCAGGAGCUGACGAUCUCCGAUGCCUACUUGCAGCGGAACAGUGACUGCCCUCACUACAUGGAGCCUGGAUCAACAGGCUGCGUCUGCAGUCCACGUCAGUGCACGAGCAUAAGCUCCAUAACAACGGGCCUACACAUUCUCUCCCCGUUCAGGGUGUUUAAGAGACGAAGCUCCGUCUAGCCUUUCCUCGGAGCAGAUUUUAGUACAGCACAAUACGUCUAUACUGCCAAGUGGACGACAGAUACCUUGGUCCUCACAGCAAAGACAUGACUGCAAGUAGAUAUCCGUGGUGCUAAAAUCCCAGUAAACCAACAGUAGGAGACGCAAGAGGGAAAAGCACGCACAGCACUGUAAACGGCAAAAUCGUACUCAAAUAUGUAUUUGAGAGAGCACAGCACCCAAUGUUUCGACCUGAGGUCUUAUUCAGGGGCGUCGUGUGUGCUUUGAAGGGACUCGUAGGCAUGUGGGACGUCAUCUGGGUGACUACAGGCGAACACGUGAGCGACGCUGCAGCACAUGGGAUGUGACACGUACACAGCUUUGUAGGUGAAAGCAGAACAGGUGCUGCAGGAGGCGCGUUAGGUCGAGUACAUUGAGAGGUGCCACAAAAUGAACUGACAAAACAAAAUAAUUGAAACAUCUUGCGCAGCUCUGCAGUAAGUUCCAGGUUUAUGUUUCUGUUAAUUACCUCAGAGAUGUUGAUUCAGCUGCGGGUUUAUUUCCCCAAAAGUUGCUUGUCGGAGGUUUUCCUGUGUAAGGCAUGUGUCUUGAUGGUUUUUAGACAUUUUCCAUCACAGUGCUUGUGACUGAUGCAGCACCCGUUCAGACAGCUUUCUGGCCUCAUAUGAAUUGUCUUAUGUUGCCCUAAAUAUGUAUUUAAACAAAUCCUUAUUGUCAGAACAUUAUUAAACCUGACACGUACCCCACAUACUGAUAACUUAUAUAACUCGCACGUGUAGUUGCCUCUGAUAUUUUGAUUUUUUUUUUUUUUUUUUCAGUGCUCUCUGCCCAAAUUGCUGGUGCAUCAGUCACAAACACUUGUGAAUUAUGUAACGUCACAAGUGGAGAAGCUAAAAAAAAAAAAAAAAACCCCACAAUGACAUAUCCCGAAACAUGGUAAAACUGCUUUAGCAACGAAGUGCAGUAAUCACAAGCAGACACUCAAUAGCACUGACUGAAACACACUUAACUGGUCAAGUUUAACAACACCACAAAGCACUGCUUUAAAAAUGACCAUCGGGCUAAAUCAACAACUCUGACGGUCUCAACAAAAACCGAACGCGAUGAGCUACACCAGCCUGAUCGCUUACCGCAGGGUUGCUGCGCUGUGUUUCUGUUACUUUGUCCACCCGCGUAGCUGCUGGUUGGUUACUUUAGUCUCCAAUUGUCACUGCUGGGGCCCAGACGUCAGUCCAGAGCGGGUACUGGUCCGCUUCAUGGAGUGUCCAGUGUGAUGCUUUUUUUUUUGUUUUUUUUAUCAGUCCUUCAGGAACCAGAUCAGAUAUACACACUAACCAUUCAGGUAAAUGUGAGGUACAGUUAUCGCUCUAUUAAAGGAAGAGUUAAACAUUUUGGAAAAUACGCUUUUUAAAAUUUCGUUCCCCGAGUUGGAUCAGAAGAUCGAUACCAGUCUCGUGACUGUACGGACUGGAGCCGGGGGGUGGUUAGCGUAGCUUAGAAUAAAGACUGUAAAAAAACAACUCGGGCUCUGUUUGAAGUUCAAAAAUCCACCUGCCAACACCCUUAUAAUUCACCUAUCAAAACAUUGUGCUUUGUUUGUUCAAAGGACUAGUUUGACAUCUUGGGAUACACUCGUUUUCUUGGCAGGGGAAAAGAUGAACACCACCGGCAUGUCCGUAUGUUAAAUGUGAAGCUACAACCAGUAGCAAAUUGGCUUAGCUUCGCACAAACACUUGAAACAGAGGGAAACGGCUAGCUGGCCCCUGUCCAAAGGCAACAAAAACGCCUGCCGGCAACUCUAAAGCUCAGUACUUACCGUCUUGCUUGUUUAAUCCAUACAAUCCCUACAUAAAUAAAGCGUAUAAACAAGGAGUUUUGAAUUUCUUGGUCUAGGCCAAGGAAUAAUCCGGCACAUAACCUCCCAUAAACCACAAAUUGUAGUUUUUUUGUAGGCAUAAAAUAAGCAAGAUAUAAUGUGUAAAUUAGUGAGCUUUAGAGACUAGGGUGGACAGACGUCACCGUUUUUAACUGUGGAUUAAAAACAGACUGGAAAGAGAGAGACCGGGAAGCAGAGCAGACGGGCAGAUGUGUCGCGUACCCUCUGCUUCCAGUCUUUAUGCUAAACUAAGCUAAGCUAAGAUAAGCUAAGCUAACUGACUGCUGGUUGUAUCUUCAUAUUUAGAGCACGAACAGGAGAUUUGUUUCACUGUUCACGUCACUGUCCCACACCCACGCUCUUUUACAGGGAGUGAGGGCCUGUAACCAGCAGAUGCCGUCACUGGCCAGGCAGCCAACCGAGGCGCUGGUCGGAUGGAUAAACCGUUGUUUUGUUAUGAGACAGAUGGAGCACGUUAACUCCCCCUAAAACCACAAAUUGUCAUUUUUAGAUUUCUGUUUGUGGAUACAUUUAGACAGUAAGUGUUGAGUUGAGUGUAUUGAGCUUCUGAGGUGCUGGGAGGCGAAUUUAUGAACUUUGGACUAGAUGUUUCCAGUCUUUAUGCUAAACCGAGCUAACUGCUUCC